AUGGCUUCAACCAACAUUUGCCCUCUAUCGCAUGCACUGGCCAACGAAGAUGAACCAGGGAGUGUGAUAGAAAUCAGCAGCGAUUCCAACCCUGAGUCCGGCGGCGGUGGCGGAGGAGGCGGUGGUGGAGGACAAGGCAGCAGCCGUGGGACAUCUUCUGGGCCGACCAUGGGCAGCACCAGUAGCGAGGACGAGCCAGACUCGCCUCGCCGGGCUGCCAAGAGGGCUCGAGUGUUGGACCGUCUGCGGGUUCUGCCAUCCAACUUCCUCCGGGCACUUCGUCAGCAGACGCCACCGACCAGAUCAUUGCCCGCGAGGAGGAGCAGCCCUGGCGGAGGAGGAGGCGGCAGUGGUGGUGGAGGAGCAGGAGACGGCCACGGUGGUAGUGGAGGAGGCGGUGGUGGUGGAGGAGGAGACGGCAGCGGCCGUGGGACAUCUUCUGAGGCGACCACAGGGAGGACCAGCAGCGACGACCCGUACUCGCCUCCGCCCAACUUCUCUUGGGCGCUUCGUCACCAGACACCACUGCCCAACUCGUUGACGGCGAGAAGGAGCAACCCUCCGCGGAAGUGUAGUAUGGAUACCUUCUUUUCUUCAAGCUUCUAG